CUACGUAUUUGCCUUUUUUUUUUUUUUUUUUUUAAUUUUUACAGUUUUCCUAAAGUUGAGAUAGAUAUUCAUUUUUUGGAGAGAGAAAAUUCAAAGAGAAAAAACAAGUUUUUGUUUUUAGAGAGAGAAAGAAGAGAAGUUUUUUUAGAGAGAGAAAAAAUGGCGGAACAACUCACCGACGAACAGAUCGCUGAGUUUAAGGAAGCUUUUAGCUUGUUUGACAAAGAUGGCGAUGGCUGCAUCACCACCAAGGAGCUCGGAACAGUGAUGAGGUCCCUUGGUCAGAACCCUACUGAGGCAGAGCUUCAGGACAUGAUCAAUGAGGUUGAUGCUGAUGGAAAUGGUACUAUCGAUUUCCCUGAAUUCCUCAACUUGAUGGCCAGAAAGAUGAAAGACACCGAUUCUGAGGAGGAACUGAAGGAAGCUUUCCGUGUCUUCGACAAGGACCAGAAUGGCUUCAUCUCUGCUGCUGAGCUACGCCAUGUGAUGACAAACCUUGGUGAGAAGCUUACCGAUGAAGAAGUUGAUGAGAUGAUCCGUGAGGCCGAUGUCGAUGGUGAUGGACAAAUCAACUACGAGGAGUUCGUCAAAGUCAUGAUGGCCAAGUAUUAUCAUGAAAAUUCAAAGAAAAUGGAAAUUAGUAGUGAAGAUGAUAAGAAGAUGAAGAUUCUUUGUCUUCAUGGAUUCAGAACAAGUGGGAGUUUCUUAAAGAAGCAAAUCAGCAAAUGGGAUCCUUCAAUUUUUGCUAAUUUUGAUUUGGAGUUUCCAGAUGGUCUAUAUCCUGCUGGUGGGAAGUCAGAAAUAGAGGGAUUCUUUCCACCUCCUUACUAUGAAUGGUUCCAAUUCAAUAAGGAAUUCACAGAAUAUACUAACUUGGAAGAGUGCAUCUCAUACUUAUGCAACUACAUCACCACCCAUGGACCCUUUGACGGUCUCCUUGGCUUCUCUCAGGGAGCAACAUUAUCAGCCCUUUUGAUGGGAUACCAAUCACAAGGGAAGGUGUUGAAGGAUCAUCCACCUUUCAAGUUCUUCAUAUCGGUUUCUGGAUCGAAAUUUAGGAUUCCAAGCAUCUGUGAGGUUGCUUACAAAGACCCUAACAAGGCUAAAUCAGUUCAUUUUAUUGGGGAAAAGGAUUGGUUGAAACUUCCCUCAGAGGACCUUGCCGCGGCUUUUCAAGAACCUCUCAUUAUAAGGCACCCUCAAGGCCACACUGUGCCAAGACUAGAUGAGGAGGCAACUGAGAAGCUGCUUAACUGGGUGAAAGAGCUGUUGGUCCAGACAAGGAAGGCUAAAGAUUGUGUGCAAAAUGUGGAAGCACAGAAGGAACAAGAGAAGACAGAAGAAGCCUGUGAAGCUGCAAAAGAAGAGCAUAAUUUUACGGAGAAAAGAGAAGUGGAGGUUGUACAAGCUUAAAUACUUAAAUCACA